CACGGGCAGGCCUAACCUUUCUAGGGCUAUGAUUAUGGAGGGCUUUGUCUGUUCCCCCUUCAGCACGUACCAGGGCUUCAGGGGCAGCCCCGCGCCCGGCCGCGGCCAGGACCCGUCGGCUAAGCAGCCUAGCUGGAAGCAGAGCAAGAGCGGCGGCAUCAGCCCGUUCCUCGGGGGGCAAGCGACUUUCCAGUUCUUGGAGCAGAAGUAUGGCUAUUUCCACUGCAAAGACUGCAAGACCAGAUGGGAGAGUGCUUAUGUGUGGUGCAUUUCUGGAAGCAACAAGGUGUACUUCAAGCAGCUGUGUCGAAAAUGCCAAAAGGGUUUCAAUCCCUAUCGAGUGGAAGCAAUCCAGUGCCAGAUCUGUUCAAGGACUCGUUGCUCCUGCCCUCAGAAGAAAAGACACAUUGAUCUCAAGAGACCACAUCGCCAAGAACUUUGUGGCCGCUGCAAAGGGAAGAGGCUAUCCUGUGAUAACACUUACAGCUUCAAAUACAUUGUCUGAUCUGUGUACCCUCUUCUGUUUUGUGCUUUGCACUUUGUCAGUCUUUUGCAGUGUUUUGACUUAAGGCUUUUGACCUGGCAUUGGAUAAUGGACAAAGACAUUUGUAUUAUUUAUAAAGUAUGUAACUUCACUGUAUAUAUGCUGUAAAUAAAGUUGAAGAAAAGUUUGCA